UUGUAUUAGGUGUUAGGUUAGGUCUUUCAACCUGGUUUUUCAUGUCAAUAAUCCGUUGAAUUCGAUUAACCGGUCACGGUUUGGUCGCUGGUUUCGAGCCGUAUGAAUUUACGGUUUUAUUUAUCGCGUUCAGCUCGGCGCCAUCUUUGGCAAUUGCUAAUGUCAAACCUGCUGUACAAAUUUCAAUACACCCGAGAUUCAAUUUUAGCAAGGUAUUUCCGACGAAUGUCAAUUUGUUCUGCCCGACUCUACCUUCCAUCUGCAUAUACCUUGCCUAGUUUCCCGAAUAAUCGGCUAACUGCAAUGCCUUUUUGUAGCGCAGUGUACAAACCGGGCCACUUUUCCGUAAAGCUUUGACGUUUAGCAAGUUCCUUCUCGCCUCGCACAAGCGUAUGCCUGAAAAUCGUUUAUGAAAACACACCAAUUACAUUGUUAAAGUUUCUCCCAUGCGAGCCGGAAACGCCGGGAUCGAAUAAGUUCCGGCAUGCGCCUAUCGCUGCAUGGAUUAUCGGCUACAGUCGGCUCUGUUACGCUGAAUUUUUAGCAUCGCCGUAGUGCGAAAGUAUAAUUAGAGCGGCUGCAUAAAGUUAAAACUAUUCCAGUGUUCAUCAUUUCUACAAAGCUACGCCUGCUGUGCUUGCUUGAUGCGCCACUGAAGUGUUUGGCUAAACCUUCGUCUCCUACCACACAUCGAAGUCGUCGCGCCCCGUUCGGAAUCGGAAACAUCGCAAAAAGCAGCCGAACACGACGGGAUUGUGAGUGAGUUUUUGAUUGCUCGUCACCACCGAGGGCGCAACCGAUGUGUUUACGGACAGUUUAUGUCAAACUUUUUGGUUAACGUGUACUGUAGCAGCGUGCGUGUCUGAUUAACACACACACAAAAACCAACAAAACCAAAAAAAGGAGUCAAGUUGCAUACAUAAACACUCUGCGGCAGUGAGUGACAUCGGAAGCCUCGAUUUGAUUUGCCUGGCCCCGGUUGAGCGGCGUUUAAAGUACGAUGCGAAAUAUUAGCCGCUCGUUUGCCUCACUAAACCAAACUACUAGCGAGCAGCAGUGGUGUUAGGAUUCCUCCGCGGUGGGUUACCUUUGCAAUCCUGCACUGCGUGUGUGUGUGUCUGUGAGUGUGUGAAAUCCGCGUGUGUUACGUAUGAGCUAUUUAAACAUGUCAAGCGCAGCCCAGGACUGUUUACCGCCGCGCGGCAACAAUGGCGAGAUGAAGCUGAUCAAACAGGAACCGCAACAAUCAAUCAAUCAGAGCGACGCGGGCAGCGGCGGCGAUGCCGCCGGUAGUGCCGGUGCCGCCGCCCAGCAUUUGGUGGGCAGCUCCCCCUCCUCCACCUAUCAAAAAUCGUCAGCAGCCACCUCAAGCAACAGCCACCCGGCUACUACACCGCUCCGCUCAAGGCGCACGUCGGCGUCCUCGCCCGUGUCCUCGCCAUCGCCCACGCUGUCGACCGCGUCGGCGAAGCUGAGCAAUGGCGCCGGCAAGGUGGCGGCUUCCACUGCUGCGACCGGUGCGACCGGCAGCAGCGGCCCCUCCUCCCGCGUGGCUGCCCUUCCGGCGGCCGCGCCAGCACCGGCAGCACCGUUGCCGGCAGCCGGCAGCGGCGGGGGCGAGCCGAGCGUGAUGGGCCUGUCCGGCCCGAACACGGCCAACUAUCACAACUUCAUCGGGCGGCUGAUCAGCAAAGACAACAUGCUGCUCAUCAGCGAGGACGUGAUCGAGGUCGGCCGCAACUCGUCCAAAUCGCAGGUGGACUUCCACGUCGGCAAGAACAGCUUCAUCUCCCGCAAGCACUUCAUCAUCCAGCACGACAUGAACGACGAGUUCACGCUGUUCUGUCUCAGCAAAAACGGCGUGUUCAUCGAUAACGUGUUUCACCGGAAAAGCGGCGAACCGUACAAGCUACCAAAACUAUGCAGCAUCCGUUUCCCUAGUACAAACAUCAAGAUCCAGUUUGAAAAUUUGAUCGACCAGGCCAACAACGGUAUACUGGUGGACCUGAACGAGCACACGCCGGUCAAGAUCGGUACCGGUCCGGUCGGUGGCAUCCCGCUGCACGCUGGCUCCAUCAGCGGUGCAUCGAUGAGCGGCGGCAUGUCGCAGGGCGGCGGCGGCGUCGGCGGCGCCAGUGGCAACAGUAGCGGCGGCGUUGGGCUAGCUGGCAGCGGCCAGCAGCACCACUACCACCACAACCGUGGUGGAAAGUCGCCCUCCUCCAGUGUGAUUUACGCACCGCUCAAAAUUUCAAUUCCCUCCGAGCACGGUGGUGCGGUCGGCACGGUCGGUCUGCUCGGCGAUGUAUCUCGCGGCUCCGUACGGGGCGGCGGUGGCGGUGGUGGUGGAGCUGGCAGUGGGGGAGGCGGCGGCAGUUGUCGGGGCGGUGAGCUGCACGGCAUGGGCGGCAGCGGAUACCCGUCCCCUACCGGGACGAUCAGUGCUGCGAACAGUUGCCCCACCAGCCCACGGCAGAACGUGCACGAGUUUGCCCAGUACAGCAGCAGCAAUCACCAUCAUCAGCACACCCCGGCCAGCGUAACCGGCACCACCAACAACAACAAUAACAACUAUUCCGAAUUUCAAGCCCCGGCCACACAAUCACUGGAGAGCGAUAAGCCACCGUACAGCUACGCGCAGCUGAUCGUACAAGCUAUCUCGGCCUCGCCGGAGAAGCAGCUGACUCUCUCGGGGAUCUAUUCCUUCAUCUCGAAGAACUAUCCCUACUACCGGACCGGAGCAAACAAAGGGUGGCAGAACUCUAUUCGGCACAAUUUGAGCUUGAACCGAUACUUCAUCAAGGUACCGCGAUCGCAAGACGAACCUGGCAAGGGUAGCUUCUGGCGGAUAGAUCCGUCCAGCGAGCUGAAGCUGAUCGAUCAAAGCUACCGGAAGCGACGCCAGCGUGGUUCGCAAUGCUUUCGCUCGCCGUUCGGCAUGCCGCGCUCGGCGCCGGUCUCGCCCAGCUACACUGACAAUUCGCGUGAGUGUUCGCCUAUGAACGAGGAGCUGCUGAUGUCGGCUCCCGGCUCGCCCGGACCAAAUAACAGCGGCUACUCUGCCAACAACCACGACGGCUCUCAGCAGUCUUCGUACCAGAACCAGUACACCGCGUACGCGAGUGCCGAACACCAGCAGGCCGAAGUGUACGAGGAGGACGAGCAGCUCGAAUACGAAAGCGACGACUACGAGCCGGGCAACAAGCGCCAAAAGAUGUAACUUGCUCUGGUAUCCUCCGCCCGCACGCAAGGGCUCUCUGUGUGGAUACGUUGGUGUCGUUGGCUCGAUGGUACUCGAUGCUAACCUUAGAUUCCGUGAAUUGUCAGAAUUUUCCUUUCAGUUUAGUGAGCGCUUGUUGUAGUUUAUUCAAUUUUAUCGCUACGUUUAAUUUCAAAAGCACAGGAUGUGGGAUUCUAAUUGCGUUCCACCGUAAAGCUUAUGUAAUUUGGUAUUUAGAUUUUAGCAGCAGGCAAACUAAUGAAGUAUUUUGCUAAGCGUGUGUGAAGCCAGCAGAGGUGGUACGGUAUGGUUGUACCGGUACCACCGCAACAGUGUACGCAGUUGCUUGUAAUGGAAUGGAAAGCAAGAUGGAAUGCUUUACCCUCCCCCAAUCUGCAGAUGGUCAGAUUUUAAGCCUUUUUUUAAAAAAUUAGUUCCGGCAAACAGCUGCUGUAGUAGCUCUGCUUGCGUUUGAUGAUUUUACUGGUGCAGCAAAUUGCCACAAACCCCACCCCCACACGAGAACUAUAGAAAGAACUAAAUGCUUCUUGAAACCAGCAAAAGCAACAACAAACACGUUGAUAAAACCCCCCCUUUUUUACGUUCACGUUUCUUCGUACGAUAUACUUUGCACUCAAGAACACUAUGUUCGUUUGUUUCGAAACGCCUCGUUUAAUGCAUGAAAAUAUUAAAAAAAAAAGAAAAGAAAAUCACUAACAAAUCCGCCACAACUGUUGAGAUGAUCAAACAUUGUAUUUCUCCUUCACCACACGCGCACUUCCGCUAUAAGCGUUGAAUUCACAAUGACGAACAAUAUUUGCAAACAUGUCCUGUACUUUUUUUUUCUUCAAUUUUUGUUUCUCAAAAGAAUUUCAUUUUAAAAAAAAAAAAAAACACAGUCCCUUUUACCUACACAGUGACGCGUCUAUGGGGUGAAUGUUGGAAGGGAUCUGCAUAGAAUUGGGAAAAUAAAUCAAGUAUGGCUCGCUUUGCAUUCAAACAUUGAACUUCGAGAGAAUCCGGCUAGCCAAAUCAUAGAUACAACUUAGAGAAAUUCAUGCCCCAACAAACAAACACAUCUUGAAUGCAACCCCGGAGAUACUUCACCGUAGUUAUUAUUACAUCGUGACGCACAUUAUCUUUUGUUUUUUUUUCUGUUUGGGGCAAAUCAACAACUCAAUCGUGUGUGUGUACUGGAGUGCAGAAAAGCAACAAAGCGGAAGAGGAAGGAUAAGAUGAAACACACAAACUUCAAGAUGAAAAGCGCGGGGUUUCAUCCGUUCACCAUUUACGUACAGCGUUUAUUGCAUUGUCAAUAUCGGCACACUGAUUCAAUUUCAACACUCGGUAUUAGCAUUAACACAAAAAGAAAUAUUAUGUUCGAUUUAAUUCAGCGUAUCGUUUUACUUGUACAGCAACACCUUUUUAGAACUUAGUGCAUUGUUGAAUGGAAGACGCACGUGUUUGGCUUGGCGAUCGAGAAUGUAUAUGGUUGAGAUAUAUACACAUUUUGGUGUAUUUAUUAAGUAUAAAAAAAAAUCCUACGAGAGUCUCCUAACCUGUGGUGAGGAGCUCGGACGCGCACACCAGUGUUUGUCUUCUCCUGCUGGAGUAAACUAAGCGAAUGUGUUUUAUGUUGAUUGAGGAAAAAAUAAUGGUAAAUCGUGAACUCGAGAAGAAAAUGUGUUCGUUGUGACAUGGCUUUUUUUUCAACACUAGGGUAGGAAUAAGAGAAAGUAUAUAGCUUUAUGCUUUGAAUUAAGAUACCCUGUAUCACAAA